UGUAACAAAACCCAGACCCCCAGGUCCGGGCCAAUGGAGGCGAUUUAGACUGGAGCGGGACCGCGUCUGUCAAAAGCCCGACUCGGCAGCAGCGGCGGAGUCCAGAAGCAGAGCUGGAGCUGCCGCGCUGCCUCCCCGCCCCCGCCGGGAUUUAUUGAGUAUUUGGACUGGACAAUUAAGUGGCCCUGAUGAUGUUACCAAGCCCGGUCACCUCCACCCCUUUCUCAGUCAAAGAUAUUUUGAAUCUGGAGCAGCAGCAGCAACAGCACUUCCACGGUGCGCACUUGCAGGCGGACUUGGAGCACCACUUCCACUCGGCGCCCUGCAUGCUGGCCGCCGCGGAAGGGACGCAGUUUUCUGACGGAGGGGAGGAGGACGAGGAAGAAGAGGGUGAGAAACUGUCCUAUUUGAACUCACUAGCCACAGCCGAUGGCCACGGGGAUUCGGGGCUCUGUCCCCAGAGCUAUGUCCACACGGUUCUGCGAGACUCGUGCAGCGGGCCUAAGGAACAUGAAGAGGAGCCCGAGGUCGUGAGGGACCGGAGCCAAAAAAGCUGCCCGCUGAAGAAGCCUCUGGAGGCGGCCGGAGACUGUAAGGCGGCGGAGGAGAGCGAGAGGCCGAAGCCACGCAGCCGGCGGAAGCCCCGGGUCCUCUUCUCACAAGCCCAGGUCUUCGAGCUGGAACGCAGGUUCAAGCAGCAGCGGUACCUGUCGGCGCCCGAGCGCGAGCACCUCGCCAGCAGCCUGAAGCUCACGUCCACGCAGGUGAAGAUCUGGUUCCAGAAUCGCAGGUACAAGUGCAAGAGACAACGGCAGGACAAGUCUCUGGAGCUCGGCGCGCACGCGCCCCCGCCACCCCCGCGCCGCGUGGCCGUGCCGGUGCUGGUGCGGGACGGCAAGCCGUGUGUCACGCCAGGCGCGCAACCCUACGGCGCGCCCUACAGCGUGGGCGCGGGCGCCUACUCUUACAACAGCUUCCCCGCCUACGGCGGCCCCUUUGUGAACGUGAGCAACCUGGGCGGCUUCGGCAGCGGUGGGGGCGCGCAGCCGUUGCACCAGGGUGCCGCGGCUGGGGCCGCGUGCGCGCAGGGCACCUUGCAGGGCAUCCGGGCCUGGUAGGAACCGGGCGGGUCACGCGGCGGGCGCCCCACCGCAGCCUGGCGCCGCGGGACUGAAGCGCGAGAAAGGCUGGAUCCAAGGGCCAGGUCCCCUCGUUAAAAAAUAUAUACACGUCUCGCUCCCCAGGGCCGCGGAGCGCCACUCACACGAGGCCUGGGGAAGGGGGCUCAGGGGCGAGGAGGAUGCCCGGGACCGCUCUCGGAGACUGUCUUUGAGGCAGAAACGCUGGCUGGGUUCCGGGGUGGACGAUGGCCCCGACCCUGGCCCCGAAGGGAGUGCGAGAGGCUGGGACUCUGGCUGCCGCUUGGUUCUCCCAGAGCCAGAAGGGCUUCUCUCCCUCCGCUUUCCCGCGGCCUCCAAGAAGCAUUGACGAAGAACCCAAGGAC